AAUUCUGGCUUCAACACACCUCGGUUGAGGCGGACACCUGGCAAGAGUUUAUCAAGAUAAUUACUCGACUUCAUCUUCCCAUGUUCCGGAAAUUGACUCUGGUGGGGGCGCCGGAGAAACUACGAGUCGAUUGUCUUUUGGUGAUGCUAGCAGUUGCAUCCUUCCAGGUGCCGGUGGUAGACUUUCAGACGGGCACAACGCUGAGCACAGUUCAUAUGAACAAUAUUAUGUCAUUGCUCUCAGUUGUGAGAGAGGUUACUUAUCAUGGACACUUGCUUCAAAUCGAAUUCGCGACAACUAGGGAAACUGAAGCUACAUUUCUCGACGUACACACCGAUGAAUUCUGUCAUGCCUUCGCAACAGAUGCGAAUAUGUGGACCUCAGAUUACAUGUCGACUCCGAGUACAGAAGUACUAUACCUCACUCCAGAUUUCGGCCUUCCGUCUCUCGUCUUGUUCAUUUUCGCCAGGAUGAAGUGAUUACCUAGUAUCUUGCGAUGUCAUGAUAACGGUGAGUUGCAUGUCCAAUACUUUUUGGGGAAGUCGGAUGGGUCGCAACAUUAGUGAAUAACCAACUGCAUGCCCGAUCAGGUGCUGUUGAAGGGUGCGGGACGGUGUAUGGGGCGCUGCGCAGUUGACAUACAUGGUUGGUUGGUUGGCUGACUU